GAAGAAACUCGUAUAUUACAAGAAAAAUUUAAUGCAAAUUAUGAUCCAACAAUACCGUGGAAUAAACCGGCGUUAGUUCAUACGGCGCUAUUCAUCAAUCAUAUCGAAAAAUUGGAUGAAAAACAGGGUCUAAUGAAAUGGCAUGGAACACUUAACUUAGUAUGGGAGGACAAACGUUUGGUUUGGGAUACAAAAGCUUAUAAUAUAACGAAAAUUGUCAGAUCGAAAGGCGAUUUACCAAAGUUGUGGUAUCCGAACCAACUUUUCAGCGAUCGGAAAGAACAAUUAAUUAACAACAGAAAUACUGUAUUUUCACUAAAAUGUAUAAACAAUACAGCAUUCUUAACUGCGCAGGUUAAAAUAUCCCUCAAAACUACGUGUAAAUUUAAUUUUGUUGAUUAUCCAAAUGAUAGCCAGGUGUGCUCGUUGUCAUUACAUGGAAGUGAAUCAGUUGAAACAGUGAUGCUUGUGGAUGCAUUAUCAGAGCACAAUGAAAAUGGCAUGUAUGGAAUAGCGUUGAAAAACGAAAACAGGAUACAAACAGGAGAUUUUGUGGUCAGCAACCUGACAGCAACACAUCUGCUUAAUGGAAUCAGUAGCCAACAGAACACCGAAGUUUCCGGUGGCGACUACCUAGUGCUUCAUUUUGAGAUUACCUUUAGACGACAACUGCCACAAUUUAAUCUUACCGUCGCUUUACCUGUUACAUAUCUGAUAGCCGCUUUUACAAAUCUACAACAGUGUAUUUUCUGGCUGUUAUUAUGCGGUUUUAUUCAGGGUGUCAAUUUUGAUCAGAUGAUCAAAAUUUUACCACCGGAUCCACCGUUUUGUGCUAAACUUGCUGCCCUGAUAUUUUCUGAAACGUUUGUGCUAAUAUUCUUACGCAUACUGCUAACUUACAGUCAACAGGAGUCACUGACUAUUUAUUUACGCACAAAUUAUACUAACGAAGAACUGUUUGAUACAUCGGAACAUAUAUGGUCUCAAGCAUAUUUCAAGCACAUCUGUAAUCGUCAACUGUGUGUAGAACAAAGAAUGGAAUACUAUCCUUUUGCAGUCCUCUUUAAACAGUUAGACCACUAUAUCUCAGAACCUGCGCUUAGAGAUGAAAUUUUGUCAUCAAUUUGCCGUUCAGAUCUCCUCUCCUCAAGCUUUAUCAAGACAGAAAUAAACAAAAAUCGUAUAGACAACAGUUCGACAUUAUCAAAAAUUUCGACAAAAAACGGAAGUGGAACAAGAAAACCUAUAAUUCCUAAUACUCAGGUUUGUAUGAUUGUCAGUUGA